UGCCGAAACCAGUGAUAGUGUAGGAUUGGAAAAGCCGAUUAUUGGAUUGGGCCGACAGCAUCAUGAGCAGCGACUCGGACUGCGAAGAGUACGUGCCCGACCACAGCAAGCGGCGCAUCGUCGUCGAGAUUGCCUCGGACAGCGACGACGACAACCUGCUCAACGUCACGCCGGUCAAGCGGCGGCGCGUCGGCGCCUCGCAGGCGACGUCGCCGCCCUCUGGGACCGACUCGCCGCUGCGCCGCCGACCCAUUCGCCGCGCCUUGGUGUCGCCGCCCAAAGAAGACCAGGACGGCGUCGUACACCUCGACGACUCGUCGUCCGACGACGACGAUGCGACCAACGACAUUGAAAUCCAGAUGAAGCUUGCGAACGACCCGGUGCUGCAGCGAACGCAAGCCAUCUUGCGGAAGGUGCAGCCCGUCGAUGUGGUCGCGACCGACGCCUUUUCCGGCGACGAUGCGAUGAUCACGCUCGCCGUGCAAUGGACACCACCCAGCGGAAGCGAGCACACGGAGCGCAUUCGCAUGCCCCAGACGGCGACGUUUGAGACGCUCCUGACCAAGUUCUGCGAGUGCCACGACCUCGCACCGGCCGGCGUCCGCUUCGUCUUCGACGGCGUCGCGAUCGAGCUCCAGGACACACCCGAGCGCUACGACCUCGAAGACAACGACGUGGUCAACGCCAUCGUGGACUUUGAUCGAGCGUACGUCCCGUCGUCCAUGUCGCCGGCCAAGCCCGUGUCGAAAUCGCCGGCGAAAUCGCCGGCCAAAGACAUUAUCCGGGUCAAAGUACGGCGGACGGGCGGCAAGAUCGAGAUCUACCGCAUCUCAAGCAGCAUGCCAGUGCAAAAGCUCCUGCUCUCGUUCUGCAACGUGCACAAGCUGUCGCCGGACCAUGUGACGCUCAAGCUCUUGGGCGACACCCUCGAGUUGGACAAGACCGUCUCGUAUUAUAGCCUCGACGCGACCGAUGUCGUCGAGGCCGCGUGCGACCAAGCGAUCGCCGAAGAUCCGACGGCCCUCGGCGUCAACCUCCGCUUUCUUCCUUCCACCGAAACGGAGACCUUUAAGAUUUCAACGACUGCGCUUGUCAAGACACUAGUGCAGAAGGUCUGCGCCAAGCGGCACUUGGAUCCGGCCAACGUGCGCUUCAAGAUCGACGGCGAGUUCAUGCACCCCGACCAACCCUUCUCGGAGUACGACCUGGAGGGCGACGAGCUCAUCGACGUUGUCCUGAGUUAA